AUGCUGAAAUGAGAAGUGUGAGAGAGAGCGGAGUGUGUUGAUGCAAGAUCCAUGGAUCACUGAUGAGACUUUAAAGAUACAAGGCUUCACUGAGAAUAAUUAUGGAGUGAAAUCGGCAGCUAUAUCAUCAUCUUUAUCUUUUGGUUCGUUCCAGGACCGAGAGGCUGUGAUGUCCGGCAGCAUGAGCGACGCCGACGAGGCUUCAGCUGGGGAAUGGAAGGAGAAGUAUAUGGCUCUGGAAGCUCUGCUCUUGAAGUUCCGUGGACAGAUGAGUGUGAUUCGAGACCUCACCACAGAAAAGAUGCAGCAGUUGGAGACACAGGUUUUGGAGGCAGAGCGAAAUGCCUAUGAAGCAAACCAACAGGUGCAGUGGAUGGAGGAACGUCUGAAGGCUACAGAUUUGGAGUCUGGUGACUCUGAACUGAAGCUCUUCAAACGCUGCCAAGACCUUCAGGCUGCUCUGCAGGAGAAAGAAGAGCUUAUAACAUCACUGGAGCAACAGCUAGAGGAGCAGAAACAGGGCCGAAUUCAAGAUGCCAAGACUGUAGAAGAGAAAGCUGCAAAGAUCAAGGAGUGGGUGAUGCGGAAGUUAAAUGAGUUUGAAGUAGAAAACGCCUCCUUGAGGGAAACAAAUCAACAGCAGGAGUCUCAGAUAUUAGAACUGAAGAGACAAAUUCAAGUCCUGGAGCAGGCUGUAGGACACAGAGGGUCGGAUCCUGCUAAACCCGGACAGGCCCAGCGGCUCAGCAGCCUGACCUUCGGCUGUUUUCAUGUCCAAGGGAAGAGUCCUCAGGUGCGGACAGGCCCCAUGCCAGUUCAGAGGAGCACGGGCAGUGUGUGUACGACCCUCACACACACCGACUGCAGGAGGCUCUCAGCUGACUGUGGGAAUAAACACAACCCAGAGGCUGAGGCUGUGAGUCCCAGCCCUAGGAUGGAGUCCGAGCAGGAGAAGGAGUGUGAGCCUACAGGGGACAUGCUGUCUCGCAGCUCUGAGGACAAAGCAGAACCAAAGGAACCCAACCUUACCAGCUUAGAACAGCCUAUGUCUAAUAUAUUUUCAUCUCAGCUUGCUGGAUCAGCUGCUGCAGCAGAGGACAAAGCCAGCGAGAACAGGGUGGACAUUGAGGACGGCUCCUCGGACGAGCUGAACAAGCGGUUUCGCUUGCAGCGUCUAAAUUCUUCGUCCUCGUCCAGUGAGGCCAAUACGCCCAGCCCAAUUCUGACCCCAAAACGCCCCACGCCAUCCCAGGAUGCACACGAUACACCUGCCUCGCCCAAGCAGCCCCGCCUACGCAGCCCCAGUGCCUUUAGUGUUAGCUUUGCAAUAGCCAAGAAGCACCUAAGCCAGCCUUCAGUGGUUAGUGAAACAGUCCAUGGAAGAACCCGCAAUGCCAUUAGCAUGCUACGCCCGUUGAAGCCACAGGAGACUGAUUUGAACCAGGAGCAGAAGAUGGAGACUAGUGAGGGUAUGAUACCCUCUGAAGAGGCGUCUAAAGCCCCAGCAGAAGAGCCGAAGUCCCCUGAUGCAGCUGCACCAUUACCAGGGAACAAGCCGCCCACCCCCCCCCUGCACAGGUUCCCCUCCUGGGAAAGCAGAAUAUACGAUGUGGCUAAAUCUGGAAUUCGGCUUUCAGAAACAUCAUGUACAGAUGUAGCAAAUAAAGACUCCUCCCACCCAUCCUCAUACUCUGCCUUCAUGCUGUACACAUCUCUCAUCUACAAAAACAUGAACACACCGGUCUACACCACAGUCAAAGGGCGGGUUGCGUUGCUGAGCAGCACUCAGUUUUCAGAAGAGUCUUCCACCUCCGAGGAGGAGGAGGAGGGUUCGGAGGAGUGUCACUCAAACUCGGGUGAGGAGGAGAGCACUUUGCGUACCUCCAGCUCCAACUGUGCCAAAAGCCAGGAAACCUCCAUCAGGAGAGCUGUUUCCCUUUCCUCCAUGGCAUCUGAGAGUGACUACGCCAUCCCUCCUGAUGCCUAUUCUACAGACACCGAGUGCUCUGAGCCUGAGAACAAACUGCAAAAGACCUGCUCUUCUAGCAGUGACAGUGGCAAGAGUGAGCCGAUGGAAAAGUCUGGCUACCUGCUUAAGAUGGUGAAGACAUGGAAGAAGACCUGGAAACGCCACUGGUUUGUUCUGAAAGAUGGAGAACUGAUGUACUACAAGUCACCGAGUGAUGUCAUCCGUAAGCCUCAAGGCCAGAUUGAGCUCACUGCUUCCAGCACUAUUUCCCGAGGAGAUGGCAAACAAAUACUUCAGGUGGUGACAGGAAAACAUGUGUAUAAUUUAAAAGCAGACUCUCCUAACCUGCUAGAGGAGUGGCUGAUGGUCCUACAGUGUGUGCAGAAAGUCAAAGCAGCCAGUCCCCUCUUCACCCAGCCCAGUGUCCGGCCAACCAUGAAGGGACAUCUGACUAAGAUGAAGCAUGACUACUCUAAGCGUGUGUGGUGUGCACUUAUUGGGAAGACACUGUACUACUUCAGAUGCCAAGAGGACAAGUUCCCCCUGGGUCAGAUCAGGCUGGCAGGGGCACAUGUGGAAGAAUUGAACUCAGAUGAGGACAGUAAGAGUGGACAGUCCGCUCAGUCCAACAUCUCCAUCCAGACCCUGAACCUGAGCCCCACUUACCUGCACGUAGAUUCCCCACACGAGAAGGCAGCAUGGCUGUACCACCUGUCUGUGGCAGCAGGCACCAACGUGGGGCAGGUGGGAACUGAGUUUGAGCAGCUGGUUGGUAAAUUGCUCAGUGUGGACGGGGACUCGGGCUCUCAAGUGUGGAGGCAUCCCAUGUUGUGCUUCAGCAAGGAAGCCUUGUCCACCCCUCUCACCACUCUGCCCUCACAGGCCUUACAGACUGAAGCCAUCAAACUUUUUAAGACAUGCCAGCUCUUUAUUAACGUGAUCAUCGACACUCCAGCCAUAGACUACCAUGUGACACUGGCACAGUGUGCACUGCAGGUGUGUCUCACACACUCCGAGCUGCAGAACGAGAUCUACUGCCAGCUCAUCAAACAAACACGCAGGAGGCAGCCUCACGGCCAGCCAGGCCCACUGCAGGGUUGGCAGUUUCUGGCAUUGUGUGUGGGACUCUUCCUGCCUCAGCAUCCCAUUCUCUGGCUUCUCCAAGUCCAUCUCAAAAAGCAUGCUGACCCCAGGACAGAGGUGGGGAAGUAUGCUAUCUAUUGCCAGCGUUCUAUGGAGAGAACCCAGCAGAAGGGUGAACGCCAGGCCCGGCCCUCACGAAUGGAAAUACUGUCCAUCUUACUGAGGAACCCAUACCACCACUCGCUGCCAUUCAGUGUGCCUGUACACUUUCUCAACAACACCUAUCAGGUUGUUGGCUUCGAUGCCUCCACCACAGUGGAGGAGUUCCAGAACCGUCUAAACCAGGACACAGGCAUGAGGAAGACGGGCCAGUCCGGGUUUAGUCUCUACUCAGACGACCCCACCGGACAAAACCUAGAACAUUAUCUACAGGGCAGUCUGAUGAUUUGUGACAUUAUAGCUAAAUGGGAGCAGGCCUGUAAGGAAUUACACACAGGCAAAUCUGAGAACACCAGGACUGUGAAACUCACCUACAAAAACAGGCUGUACUUCUCUCAGCAGCUGAGAGGAGAGACUGAGAGAGAGCGCCUGCUCUUGGCCUAUCAGACUAAUGAGGAGAUUGCAGCAGGUCAUUUCCCUGUAAACAAAGAACUUGCCCUAGAGAUGUCUGCUCUGCUCGCUCAGGUGGAGUUUGGAGACUUUGAGCGUCCAUUCCCAAGUGCAGCCGGCUCUGGCUCUGGACAGGCCAAAUCUACGCAAACUCUAAAGCAGGUUCUGGAGCGCUUCUACCCAAAGCACUAUAGACGAACCUGCUCAGAGGAGCAGCUGAGGCAGUUAAGCGAAAGGAUCUCGGCUCGCUGGGCGUCACUGAGGGGGCGCUGCACCUCCGAGUGUGUGCGGAUCUAUCUGACUGUGGCCCGCAAGUGGCCCUUUUUUGGAGCCAAGCUGUUUGAAGCUGAGCCCCGGUCACCCUCUUCACUGCAGAGCACACGUGUGUGGGUAGCUGUCCAUGAGGAUGGGUUGAGUGUGUUGGACUUUACGUCCAUGAAACUUCUAGUGUCCUUUUCCCAUAAGAACGUUGUAACAUUUGGAGGUUGUCGUCAGGACUUCAUGCUGGUGGUGACUCAGAGCUCCAGAAACAACACAGCCAGGGAAACGCCCACUGAGAAGCAUUUGUUUGCCAUGAGCACUUUUAAGAUCCGGGAACUGACGCUCCUUAUGGCCAGCUACAUUAACAGCACCCAUCAACAGAAGUCAGCAGCACACCAUCUCUCUGCCCCAGCCCUGCUGCUGGCCCAGUGUCAGUCUGGAGACCAACACACCUCUAAAUUCCCUCUUGCAGGCGGUGGCAAACCCAGCAAAGCCCCCACACUGCUCUGAUGUGCUUUAUACUGGUACAUACUCUAUAAUCUUGACACUAGGAAUGGGUUCAUAUUCAAAAUGGAUUACAACUGCUCUAGGGAACAGGAACUUGGACCUGAUUUGCAUUUUGCUGUGACUUUCCUUUGUUGAUAUGAAUCCAUGAAUGUAUGGAGAACAAUAGAUGCCCUUUUCUUUUCAUGCCUCAUGUAAAAAGGAUGUUAAAAGGUAUUUCUCAUGCCAUGUAUGUCCUAAUAUGAUUAGGUACAACUAAUCUGCAGACGUUCUAGAUUAUAUGCCCUAGCCAGCAUUGCAAAAAUGAACAACAAGACUAAAUAUCAUAUCAUUUCAAAGAAAACUAUGUACAUGUUGAUCAACAAUUUUUGUUAUUCUAAUCAGUUCAUGGAUUCUAUGACUAACACCAGUUUAUUCCAGAAAUACAGUCAUAUUGUAGUUCGGGAAAAGGAAGAAUAUUCCAAAGUAGACUAGUGUUUACAUUCCUUCCAAAUUUUUUUCCAAACAAACAAGUUACAGACAGGAAAAAGAAAAAUAAGGCACUCUGUGGAGGUGGAUCAGGUAUUCUUAAAAAGAAAAAGCCAAGAAUGCUGAGGAUUAGCAGGUAGAUAAAAGAGUGGUUCAUUUGGAUUAUAAAUGAAAGCUGCUUGAUUGACAAAGUAAUGUGUAGAAAUUGAAUGCGGCAAGGUACAAGAGUACUUUCUGAAUGGAUCAAGCUACAAAAAGUUUUUUUUCUGGCGGGGUAGACUAUUUACCACCACCUGAAAAUUGAGCUCUGAGCUACAAGAAAUGAUUUAAGGACAAAAAUAGGAAGUAGCAACAUUGUGCAUUAAGUUUGUAAGCCACCUUUGUGCCAUGCAGUUAUAAAGAAACUGUAAUGUUUAAAGUCUAAUUUUGAGUCUAUUUAUUGUAGAAAUGGGAAUCUGUUGCUGGGUUCCCUUAUGUAUACACAUUUAAAUAAAUAUUAUGUUAAUUAUUAUGUUAUUAAAUAUAUGUUAUAAAACAGGUUAA